AGAGGGUUGGGAGAGAGGCAAGGGGUCGGGGCGAGCCAAAGGCGGUGCCUGAAGGGGGCAGAAAAGGGGGCGGAAAAGCACCCCUCCUGGCACCAACCUGCUGGGACUGGGAGGGGCCUGGCCCCCAGGUGGACACAGAUGGCCUUGGGGCCCUGCUGCAUAGCUACCUCGCAGCCAGACUUUGGCAGUCCCUGCAAGGCAAGGCCAUGCUCUCCCUUUCAGGGUGGCUCUGACCUGGUGGGGUCGGUGCCAACACUGAGCAGCAGGGGUGAGGACCCAGCUGGCCCUUCCCUGCGUCACUGCGAAGGCAGAUCACGGUAUCACGUGUGUGCAAGUGUGCAGCCCUGCACUCACACAAACGUGCACCCCUGCACUCAGACAAGGGUGCACCCCUGCAAUCACAGACAAGUGUGCACCCCUGCAAUCACAAGCGUGCACCUCUCCACUCACACAAACGUGUACCCCUGCACUCACAAGGGUGCACCCCUGCAAUCACACCAAGCGUGCACCACUGCACUCAGACAAGUGUGCACCCCUGCACUCAGACAAGCGUGCACCCCUGCACUCACAGACAAGCGUGCACCCCUGCACUCAGACAAGCGUGCACCCCUGCACUCAGACAAGCAAGCGUGCACUCCUGCACUCACAGACAAACAAGCGCGCACCCCUGCACUCAAGCGUGCACCCCUGCACUCACAAGUGUGCACCCCUACACUCAGACAAGCAAGCGUGCACCCCUACACUCAGACGAGCAAGCGUGCACCCCUGCACUCACAAGCGUGCACCCCUGUACUCAGACAAGCGUGCAGCCCUGCACUCACAAAUGUGCACCCCUGCACUCAGACAAGUGUGCACCCCUACACUCACAGACAAGCAAGCAUGCACCCCUGCACUCAGAAAAGGGCCCGAUCCUGUGUGUGCAACCUAAACUGUGGCACGGCGACCACUUCUGUGAAACCAGCAUCUAGGCUGAAGAUGUCACCAGCACCCGCAGUCAUGGCCCAGUCCCCACUUGGAAUCUUCUGCCCAGGGGCCCAGCUCAGUCACCACACCAGGACAUGUCCUGUAACCCAGAUCAGGAUGCUGUGCUUCAGGGUGUGUCUGUGUUGUGGUUCAAAUGUGUCACUUUUGGUGCUGUGCACUGUCCUGUCAAGUGACCGCCACAGUUGACGCCUGUGCUCGAACGGCUACCAUUUGAGUUUAAAAAGUGGCUGAUACCCCCACAAGCACAUUACAGGCACAUUUUGAGUGGCAAGUGCAAAUUGGGGAGCAAACCUGAGCUGACCUGGCAAAACCUGCUGCCCGCUGCUCAGCUCACUCAUAGACGAGACUGUGCCACCAGAGACCCGCCCCUGGUGUGGGGUGUGGGAGGAGAUGCUCUGGGGGACCCCCCUGUGGUGUGAGCUGUGGGAGGAGAUG